AAACGUGUAAAAGAGAAGGAGAUCAUGUGGCUCUGUCUGGUCUGCAGGUCCCUGGAUUUACCACCUCAAGCAAUAUCAAGCAAGUCUGUUCCUUCCAAACCUCUUUUAUGAUGUAAAAUGGAAAGAUUACGUACUUCCAACACCCUGAAAAAUGUAACUUCAAUGGUUUGGUGCUAUGGCACAGUAUACCCUCUGCCUCCGUCCAUAAUGUGCACACAGACACAGGAAAUGCUAUUGUUCCAGACAGGAAAUGCUGAGAGGGGGGCCUCAGAUGACUGAGACUGAGCUGAGUCACAAUGUGGCAGAGCUGCCCUCCUCUCCUCCUCAUCACUCUGCCACUCCUGCGGCGUUGCUCUCUGCUUGAAGGGGACACUGGCCUGCUCCUCACCCACUGAUUCUGCAUGACUGUCACAAAGAUGUCAUGGCGUCCAACCUACCGAAGCUCCAAGUUUCGAAAUGUAUACGGAAAAGUUGGCAACCGGGAGCACUGCUUCGACGGUAUCCCCAUCACCAAGAAUGUCCAUGACAACCACUUCUGUGCCGUCAACUCCAAGUUCCUGGCGGUUGUCACCGAGAGUUCUGGCGGGGGAUCUUUCAUUGUUAUACCUGUAUCCCAGUCUGGCCGUCUGGACUCUCAUCAGCCAAAAGUGUGUGGCCACCAAGGCAAUGUGCUGGAUAUCAAGUGGAAUCCCUUCUUUGAAAACAUCAUAGCAUCGUGUUCGGAGGACACCUCAGUGCGAGUAUGGGAGAUCCCAGAGGGCGGUCUGAGGCGCAACAUGACGGAGGCGGUGCUGGAGCUUUACGGCCACAGCAGGCGGGUGGGUGUGAUCGAAUGGCACCCCACCAGCAGCGCCAUUCUUUUUAGCGCUGGCUACGACUACAAGAUCCUGAUCUGGAACCUGGAGAUCGGAGAGCCGGUGAAAAUGAUCGACUGCCACACUGAUGUCAUCAUCAGCAUGUCCUUCAACACAGACGGCAGCCUGCUGGCCACCAGCUGCAAAGACAAGAAGAUGCGUAUCAUUGAGCCGCGCUCGGGGGCGGUCCUUCAGCAAGCCAGUUGUAAGAACCACCGCGUAAACCGAGUGGUGUUCCUGGGCAACAUGAAGCGGCUUCUCACCACAGGGGUUUCACGCUGGAACACCCGGCAGAUCGCUCUCUGGGAUCAGGAGGAUUUGUCCAUGCCAAUUGUGGAAGAGGACAUAGACGGCCUCUCGGGACUGUUGUUUCCCUUCUAUGAUCCUGACACACACAUGUUGUACCUGGCAGGCAAGGGGGAUGGCAACAUCCGUUACUUUGAGAUCACCACAGAGAAGCCGUACUUACAAUACCUAAUGGAGUUCCGGUCUCCUGCCCCGCAGAAAGGACUCGGUGUGAUGCCAAAGCACGGGCUGGAUGUGGGAGCCUGUGAGGUGUUCCGCUUCUACAAACUCGUCACCCUAAAGGGUUUGAUCGAGCCCAUUUCAAUGAUUGUGCCAAGAAGGUCAGACACAUACCAGGAGGACAUCUACCCCAUGACAGCAGGAACAGAACCUGCACUGUCCGCCAGUGAAUGGCUGAGCGGCAUUAAUAGAGACCCGGUCUUGAUGUCCUUGAAGGACGGUUAUCAUCGGCCAAACCAGUUAGUGUUCAAGGCCCCAGUGAAGGAAAAGAAGAGCGUGGUGGUGAAUGGGAUCGACCUGCUGGAGAACGUACCACCCAGGACAGAGAACGAGCUCCUGCGGAUGUUCUUCCGGCAGCAGGAUGAGCUGCGGCGGCUGAAAGAGGAGCUGACCACAAAAGACGUGCGGAUACGCCAGCUGGAGCUGGAGCUCAACAACCUGAAGAACGUUAGCCCCAACAACGUUUGACCUCUCUGCCUCCUGGACUGGCAAAGCUGCUCCCUUUGCCCCCAAAUAUUCUGACCUCCGACAAGCUUCUGAGCCCUCCUACGCCUCUUUUUUGAUAUAUUAACUUCAUUCCUGCUGCCCUGCUUAGUGCACAAUAAUAUAAGUGUUGGAUAAUAUCUUAACUGGUGCAAUUACUGGAAUAUGGUAACAAUGAUAAGUAAUGGAAGUGUUCAUGGAUUGCCACCUUAACAUGAAAUUGGUGAUAGGAAAGGUUUGAGACCCAAUCCGUUAAGGUAUUAUCUGUUUUUACAACUUAUUAAUGAUCUAGCACACUCAAGUGUCUGAUCAGUUAUUGCAUAUUUUCUGCCAGACCUCCUGAGUGUUUGUCUCACUGUGCCUACCCUAUCAUUCACGUGGCAAAACCUUGAACAAAGCCCCCACACUCGUCCUCCUGUAAUGACCAAACCACCAUCUAAUUCUGUUAUUUGCCGAGGCAAAACUGGAGGAUAAAAAGACUGUCACAGGCUCCUGUUUUCCUUUCCUCAAGGCCUUACACCCUGCUGCAGAAACGGUUUGCAGCGAGCUGCAGCAUCAUCUCAAAAUGGCUGACAUGUGAAGUACUUUUGCACCUGACAGAUGAGACGAGCUUUUUGCAGACAUGGAUCAUGUUUUUCACAGAGCUGCUUACCCCGUAACUUCUUUUCUCACCCACAGAUGUUGCUGGCUAUAAGUUGACAUCACAAAUAUCUUCCCACAUGCAGUCUUUCUUCUCAAGGAGAGUGGAUACUUCACUCACUUUUAGUAUUUUAUUCUUUAUAUAAAUAGUGGGAAAGCAGCAGGGGGACAUGGAUCCAGAGGUGGUGGACUUGCAUAACUCAAAUAUAGUCUCAAGGGAAGCUUUGCUGGCUGUUUUUGGUUUUUAGGGCUAAUUUAGAGGAUGAGGGGGGUAAUGUAUAUUUGCUUCUAUUUAUUUGUCACAUUUUACCUUUUAGGCUAAUAACAUGUAUAUUUGUUAAUCCCAUUGUUUUUGUACGAUGUGGCUGCGCAAGUAAUGAUUGUGAUGCUUGAUAGAUUUUGCUGAAUGUUUCCGGUUGAAAUGGUGCAAGUGUGAAACUGUACAUUAUAUGGUAUUAGUUCUUUGACUCCAACAACAUAACUUCAGAUAAGGUAGAAAAAAUAUAAUCUUCCUAACAGUGCAGAGAACUGUAAUAGUAACCAUCCUUUUACAUCUAAACUAUGUAUAUCACUAUUAGUGAGAUGUGUUUAACUGUAGAUAUGUACUUUUGCUCCAGAGACUCCCGGUCAUCUGCCUCUCCUCCACUUGUACCAUCAACAUACGCAGUUUAAAUGCCUCAAUUAUAACAUUUAUCCGGAAAAUUUUAAGGAAUAAUUUGCCCUUAAAAUGUCCAUUUGCGUAUCAAUUACUCAUCACAUUUUACCUUGAAUUCUUAAAAAACAUGUUUUCUUACAUGCCAUCAUGGUGAAUGGAGACUCCCAAAACAGCUGAAAAUUUAGUAAAUCCUUAAUGAGUUGAAGUAAGCAGAGGCCAGCUUUAACAGCAGCAAAACAUUGUUAAAACAUCCAUUUAUAAUCUCCAACACAGCUCGUGCAGAAUAAUCCAAGUCUUGUUUUCCAGUCAUAGGCUCAGUACUUCCGAAAAACCUAUUUUCACUUAAAUCUUAACAUUUAAAACACAUAUACUCACCUGGACUGUCAAGGACUCGCAGUGCGCCUUUGCAAGCCAUAGACAAGUGUUAAAAAUAUGCAAAGUAGUGAGCAUAGGACUGGAUAUACGAGACAAGUUGUGUGAGAGUUAGAAAUGGAUGCUUUGGUGUAAUUUUGCUGUUGUUAAAUGUGGCCUCAAAUUUCUUUAAUUCAUCAAGAAUUUUCUCUGUUUAUGUAUUCGUCAAUGUUUCAGUUGAAGAAUUGAAGGGAGCUCCGUGUGUAAUUAAUAUACAAACUGUAAUUUUAAGUGUCAAAAACACCCUGAAGAGAAGUGGGCACAUGAAUAACAGUCGAUUGGCUCAAUUAGACCAAUGAGGUUCAAGCAGUUACAAAAGAUUCUGAUAAACAAUCACAUUCAGCCUCACCUUAUUACUGAUUCUGCUCCUUAUGGACUGAGAAAAGAAAAAACAAGUUUGGCUGAAUGCAUUUGAAUGGACUUUAUACACAGAAUGAAUAAAAUGUAAGUCUUGUACUGAUCACAUUGUAGUGGGGACAUAAAGGGUCCAAAGCUUUAUAGCUUCAGUUAAAACAAUCAAAAAAGAGAGAGAACCACUUUUAUGUAGACUUGAACUGUUGACAUGUUGAUAGUAAAUGUGAAUGUUUCUUGCAGGAAAAAUAACAGUGAAAGUAGACAGUGGGAAAAAGAUCUGCCAGAGAUGAAUCAGCUACAGUGGAGACAGGUGAAGUUGGGCUGGAGUUGUGUUGUUUCAGGGUUUCUUGUGUAGGUGCACUAAGGACUUAGUAGGACAGUUCAACCCCAAAAUCAAAAAUACACAUUAUUUCUCAUACCUGUAGUGAUGAGUUGAAGAUGAUUGGAGAUAUCAGCAGUAGAGAUGUCUGCCUUCACGUGAAUAUAAGGGAACUAGAUGACGCUUCACUUGAUGCUCAAAGUGCAGGGAAAUACAUUUAAUUUAACUCAACAGCAAUGUCUCUUUCCAGAAAUCUUGACCUGGUUACUCAAGAUAAUCCACAAAAUGUGUAUUGAACAGUUUCAUGUAGGAACUAUUUUAUUUCAGAUAGAGUUCCUACAUGAAACUUUAGUGCAAGCUCCGUGGGUUGUCUUGAGAAACCAGUUCAUGAUUUUUGGGAAGAGGCAUUGCUUUAGUUUUUUGGGGGUUUUGACACCACAAGUAAAGUGCUGUAUCGUUCCCUUAUGUUCAAGGGAAGGCAGACAUCUCUACAGCUGAUGUCUCCAACACUCUACAACUCGCACAAACACAAUCUAGGCUGAUAAAAAGCACUGUGGCUAAGAGGAAACAUAUUUGAUUUGGGGGUGAACUGUGCCUUUAAGUGGUCAAUCUUUGAAAACGUAGGCUAGCAGGACAGAAAGGUUUUUAAUGUGACAAAUGUUCUUCGUGUGUACAGUUGUUGAAGGGCAUUUUGGCUCGGACAAGUUUCUCUGAAUUUGCUUGGCACUGACCUUUUCAACAAGUAAACCCGGUUUAAAGUUGAGAGUUUGGUCUUUUGAGGGUUCUGUAAGUCUUGUUCAGUAUAGAGUAAACAGUAUUACAUCUCAGUCUGGAGAAAAAAAGCAUCCUAGAUCAGUUUUCCAUCAUCGAUACUUGAUGAUCUAGAUCAGGAAUCCUGUCACUAUUUGGUUUAAAUGUGUUGCACAAGGACCACAAACUUCAAAACAUAUAUAAAAGGGAUUUAUUGAAGUGAAUGGGAGGGAAAAAGAAAACAAUUUGGCUGAUGACAGUGGAUUUAACAUAGAGUGAAAACUCACUGAGGUAGGCCAAUUUGACCAGUACGUAUAAUAGUGAAAACAAAGUCCAAAUAACUGACCGUUUUCCAGAGUUUACACUUUGAAACAAUAAAUUUUCAAUGCACAUAAGUUGCGGUUGUACCCUCCAUUUUAUAUCAAGUACUUCUCUACUCUACCACCACAAAUUCAAACAUUGCCACCUGUGUGUCACAGAAAAGAACAUGGAUAAAAGCGAUAAAUGAGUUCUGAUGUUGAACAUUUCUCUUCAUGGAAAGAUUAUGCAUACAAAGUUAUGUUCAAAUUCAAGAAAUUUCACACUGCGUAUUUUAGAUAAAGCAGCAUACAUAUUUAAUAUCUUAUUACAAUUCAUAGUUUCACCUCAGAUGUCUGUUCAAUGUCUGCCGUCAUCAAAGAGAAUACAAAAAAAUAGAUUUGGUCAUUAUUUACAAGAACACGUAAUUUCCGAACUAUCAAAGCUGAGGGUUUAAGGAGGAGGAGCGGCUUUGACAAGGGCAGACAUUAUUUUGCUAUGAUUUAAAAAUAUGCCCUGUGAGGGUCACACUGUGCAUGUUCAGACACAAGUUUCACACCAGGACAGCAGAGAGUAUUGGCAUACUGGUGACACUACAAAUACAUAACUUACAUUAAAAAAAAAAGAAAGAAAAGAAAAAGUACAAUGCAAAAAUAAGACGAGGAGAAGACAGCCAUACAUGAAAUCCAGUAGUUGACUUUAAAAUGUAUUAGACAUGCACUCUUUUUUUGUAUCAUUUUGUUUUUUUUUCUUUUGAAGGGGGGGGAAGGUCUUAAAAUACAUAAGUCAUCAGAAACUGGUCUUACACAAACAGUGAGAAAAGAAAAAACAUUUCUUAAAAAGGUUUAUCUUUGCUAUUAUUCGAUAUUACAAAAUCGGUGUCCACAGAGCAGUUAAAAGUGGACCGUAAGACUGGAACACGGGAGCAUCAAAGGUACAUAAAUUUAACUUAUUUCUCCAGACAACCCCGUCUACCUGACUGGCCAAUAACAAAAACCACUCCUACUGCAAUAUGAAACUGGGGGAAUAAUACAUGGGGUUGUUGGGAAGUGACUGGGAGAUACAAGUUUAAAACAGUUCACGACUUAGCUUCAAGAGGACUCUCAAUCGUCUUCAUCCUCCUCCCCUUCUUCGUCAAGUUCCCUUUUUCUCUUCUGGCCUCGCUCUUCUUCUACAAAAUAACAUUUAAAAGACACAUGAAGCAAAUCAUUGUUUCCUCUUAAAAACUUCUCUUUCAGGUUUUUUGCGACAUGACGACAGCGAUGCUGGCUCAAACUGUACGCAACGUGACACAUUUACAUCCCUUUGUGACGAACAAUAAAGUUUUCUGAAUCACCCGA